GAUGUGAGGUAUGUUAACAAGUGUUUUUUACAUCCCACGUUUAUCCUAGCCGCACCGAUUUCAAAUCUAUUAAAUAUGUUCAAUAUUCACGAUCUGUCUGUGCAACAGUGGGAAGACGUUCAUCCAGUAGCGCCAAGAUCAAAAAGUGGCUGAUGGUCAGCGCAGCAUUUAUUUGUGCUCAAACUGCAGACUUUAGCUGCUGUAUAUUGACUUGAAUAAAAUUGAACUCUCUCCUCUGCUCGAGUCACUCUCUCUCUUCUGCGCACAUUGCAUCUCCCAUCACUUUCUCUCUCUUGCUUCAGCAGAGUCCACAGAAGGACCUCAAACUGUCUCACCGACAUCCAAACCGGCUGUGGUAGAUGAGCUGUGAUGAGAUUGGUGUGAUCCCGUGUCCAGAGGCCCGCUACAACCGCAGUCCCAUUGUGUUGGUAGAGAACAAGCUGGGUGUUGAGAGCUGGUGUGUCAAGUUCCUGCUACCGUAUGUCCACAACAAGCUGCUGCUCUACCGCCAGCGCAAACACUGGCUGGAGAGGGAAGCUUUAGCAGAUAUCACCUGCACUCUGUUGCUGCUUAACCCGGACUUCACCACUGCAUGGAAUGUCAGGAAGGAGCUACUGCAGUGCGGAGUUCUUAACCCAGAGAAGGACCUCUAUCUGGGCAAGCUGGCCCUCACCAAAUUCCCCAAGAGCCCCGAGACGUGGAUACACCGACGCUGGGUACUGCAGCAGAUCCUGCGUCAGUGCUCUGCUGUAGGCUGGAAGCAUCAGCGGGGUGAAGCGGAGCAGGCCGAUGCUGAGAGGAGCCAGCAGCUCAGUGACCAUCUGGCCAGGACGCUCCAUCAAGAGAUGAAGGUGUGCUCUGACGCUGCCUGCCGCUAUCCCAGCAACUACAACGCCUGGUCCCACCGCAUCUGGGUGCUGCAGCACAUGGCCAAGGGCAACGUCAAGGUGUUCCAUGAUGAGCUGUCGUCGAUGCGCCUCUGGGUGUCCAUGCAUGUGUCCGACCACAGCGGCUUCCACUACCGCCAGUUCCUGCUUAAGGAGCUGAUCACGGAGCUCUCCCAGACUCCAGCUUCCACCCCACCCAGUUCGCCCCAGCGCCGGCACAGCCCAGUCCCCGACAGCACCUCCCCCCCUCCCAGCCAAGGCCCGGCCAACGGGGAGCUGUCGGGGGCGGAGGCCGCAGCAGAGGAGGACAGGCAGCUACUUCAACUCUUCCACCAGGAGGUGGAGCUGUGCUCAGACCUGAUCCAGUCCUUCCCUGGUCACGAGACACUCUGGAGUCACAGGCGGCAUGUCUUCUACCUGUGGCACCACUGGAGGAGGGAGCACCACUGCAGCAGCAAUGGAGGCAACACGUCGGUCCGCCUUAACAACAGUGACCCCACGUUGGCCGAGGUCAGCGCUCAAAGCUGCGCCAGCAGGGGGGAGAGUGUGAAUGGACAGGGGCAUGCUAGUGACGCUAUGGAGGUGGACGGGGCGUCCUUGCCUGACCCGCGGGACAGCAAGCGACUGAAGAGAGGCGUCCUGCUGCCUGGCCCCCCCUCCCUGCUGCCAGCCCCCCCCACCCUGCUGCCAGCCCCCCCCACCCUGCCCUCUGAGCACAGCUUUGUGAGCGGUGUCCUGGACAGUUGCGGGAACCCCGAGCAGAGACGUUUCGCCCUGGCAUACAGGAAGUGGUUAGACACUGUCAUUGAUCAGCAGCCUUGAGGGAGAACAGUUAGCCCACCAAGCUCUCUCAACAUUGAAGUUGCCUUUAGACACAGAUUUAGGAUCAGCUUCCCUACCUGUAGCGCUGACUUUAACCAAUAGUGCUUCAGAUGCAGUGAUGACUUUAGAAACCAGUCCCAGGGCAGCGCCUGACAGUGGCGAGGGAGGGUAAGGCGGUUUUAACGACAUCCCGUCUGUUCUUCCUCUGAAACAUCUGGAUUCUCCUGAGCUUGAUCUGAGCCAGUACCCCUUCAGAACGGAAAUCUGCACACGGAGCCUGUUGGCUCGCUAUGUGUCUGUUGGUAGAUUCUCUUCUUAUUCAAGGUUUCUCCAUGCCUCAGCUCCAAUUGCCACUGCUUUUGUUUUUUAGUGCCAGUUUGGCAUUUAUCUGCACAUAUUACUUUAUGUCUGUUCAAAUAUUUCAGCAAAGAAACUAAAUGAAUCACACGUGUUGGGCCUGAUUGGUUGGAAUGCCAAAAUAGCCAGUACUAUUUAAAUUAAUAAGCCAUUAAAUAAUAAUAUGAAAUGAAUAAUCAUAUGACUAAAAAUAGUAGGAUAUAUACAUGACCCAAUAAAAUGUAACAAAAUACAAAACAUUGUUAAAACUUCAUUUUUUUUUUUUAAAUUAUCAUGAAGUGUUAUUUCAUCCUUAUUUUUACAGUAACUUUUAUUGGUAGUUAAGUAGUUUUAUUGGAGUUUUGUUUCAAACAUCCUCUCUUUACAAAAGUCUGAUUUGUCAAGUGAUUGGCUAAAAGCUGAGGGGGCGGGGAGUGGAAAUGGGAAAAUGAAAUCAAAAGUAAUAAGAGGCAUUUUCAGCUAUAAUGUAGGGGAAAUGAAUUUCAAUACACCUGGUCACUAUGCAAGUAAUGAAAUAUCAUUUCACAAUUACGUUUUAUUUAUUCAUGUUUGUUUUUAAUUUGAUUGGCCCUUUUGGAGUUAAUGAACCCUUGAUUAGAUUAGAAUGGAAUGACAGUGGCUCUAAUUGAAUCCCAUUGGAAGCCUCAGGUUCCCUCGUCUUUAAUGAUUGGUUGAAAUGCCCUCAGCCCUCCCGUGUUGCAGUGGCAGGUGUGAAGCACAGCCAGACUCCUGUUCUUCUUUCAACUUCUAUAGAUUUCCAUUCUGAAGGUGGUGACAUUUAUUACCCAUGUCAUUUUUUUUCUUUGUCUUUUCUUGUGUUGGUCCUUGGUUGCUGCUCCUGCUCCAUGUUACUAGUGAAUAUUGUCAGUAUGUCCUAACUAUGUAGCUAAGUGCUAAGUUACAGUAGCUUACAACAGAAAGCCAAAAAGCUAGUUGUUAGCUAAAUAACAGGUUAUAUAUGUUAUAUAAAAAUAACAGGUUACGUUGCUAACUUGCAAGUCUUACCUUCUGACAACCUGAAGCACUAAAUCUAUAGGCAGAGAAAUGUUAGCUUUAGCAGUUUAGCGGUACUGAUGUUUGACUCUGAAGGAUAGCGUGCUAGGGGAGUUACCCCCCCGACAUUCACUGGUGCUACAUGCUGCCAUUUCUACAACUACUUCCUCUGUUACAGGUGUGUAGUGUGCAACAGGUGAACACUGAACAGCACUUUGGACUAAUUGAUGAUACUAUUUGUGGGGUAUUAUUGCUAAACUAUUUUUGAAAUAUUGUCUGUUAUUUUGCACCAGGCUAGUUAACCGUAGUCCUAGCUGCUUUAUGUCACUACCUUGUACAAAAAUAGAGGUAACCUCAAAAAGGUCAGUCUACAUUCUGUCUAGAAUAACUUCUAGCACUCCUUUUAAAAGUUGUAACAUGCUGUAUCUGCACAUCCAUCCCUUCAAUGAUGUAGAAACUAAAAAA